AUGUCUUCACGAAUACCUUUACAACCAAUAUCCAACAACAUACCGGACUUUCCCUACGAACCAUAUUAUAAUUGCUAUUACUAUGAAAACCAACCGAUGUAUAUGCAAGAUGCGUAUCCAACAUCUGAUGCAAAUCUGAUUUCAGUGACGAAUGGGUUUGAUAUAAAGAAGAAAUCAACACGUCGAUCAAAACAUAUUCCACAUCAUCUCCGUCCGCAACACGUUGUUGAACGACGCAAUCAACGGGAAAGAUUGCGUGUACAAGAUGUUAAUCAAGCUUUCUAUACACUUCAACAACUUUUACCACUCGAUUCUAGCUCAGUCCAAUCUGAUAACCAAAAAGAACAAUAUACAACAGCAAUGAAAAACGCCUCGCGUAUAUCAAAAGUUCAGACACUUCGGGCUGCAGUUGAUUAUAUCGAAGCGCUUCAAAAAAUGCUUGUCCUCUAUUGUAAAAUAUUCGAGAAAAACACUGUCUAUGAUUCAUGCAUUGCUAUAGUUCUUAUUUGUCUGGCGUUGCAUACCAAUAUCAAAAUCAUGUCCAAUGAAGAUGAGGAAAACGAUGAAGAAGAAUUUGCUAUACGACACGCUUAUGAAAAAUUCGGUGUAAAUGGAUAUUACAGUCAAUAUGGUUCAGAUUAUCGAAAUCCACAUGAAGAUCGAUUGGUAGAUGUUGUUCGUCAACUAGUUGAACGAUGGAGUAUAAAACCCAACGAACGUGUUCUUGAUUUAGCUUGUGGUAGUGGUGAAAUUACACUCAUUCUUCGGCAAUUAGGUUUUCAAACUAUCAAUGGAAUCGAUCCAUACACGAGUGAAGCGUAUGAAAAACGUGUAGGUACUCUAAUUCAUGGGAAGUGGACCUUUGAACAAAUCGCUGAUGGUUGUCUCGAAAGCGAAGGUGAAGUUUACGAUUUGAUCGUUUGCAGUUUUGCUGCUCAUCUAAUUUCGCCUUCGUAUUUGCCACUUGUUAUGAUCCAGCUACGUUUUAUUGCCAAGAAGCUAAUUAUUUUAACACCACAUAAACGGCCACAAGUCUUACCUGAAUGGGGCUGGAAUUUGAAAGAUGAAUUUGUUCACGAGCGAAUUCGCGCUCGACUUUAUACCUGUGACGACGAAUAA